CACACACAUUGGCACAAGCGUUUGCUCGCACCCAGGCGCAUCUUAGACGCAUUACAGACAUGCAACAAAUUCAUUUUUAGACCAUCCAUUCAAGCUUCUGUCCAUCAGGAAUGGGCCAAAGGAGAGCAAGCAGGAAACGUACAACCAGCUGAAUACGGAAAAAUAAGUUUUCUUGCUCGGGAAAAUUUACCAUGGCAAACAGCUCAGCGUGGACGGACCUCAGUAACAAGUCAUUCAUUGGUUAUUUGGAAUGUGCCAAAGCAAGGAGCCUGAGUCUCCGGGUAGCUCUGUACAGCUUCAUAAUGGUUGGAAUUUUUUGCACAGUGGUUGGAAACGUUCUCGUGGUGCUAGCUAUUGCUUAUUUUAAACAGCUCCAGUCACACACAAACUCUUUUGUAAUGUCGUUAGCAGUUGCUGACUUCCUGGUAGGUUUGGUGGUCAUGCCUUACAGCAUGAUACGAACUGUGGAAGGUUGCUGGAACUUUGGCAAAAUGUUCUGCCAGCUACAUUCCAGUCUGGACGUUAUGCUGUGCACGGCUUCUAUCUUUCACCUGAGUUGUAUAGCAUUUGACAGAUACUACGCCGUCUGUAACCCGCUUGUCUAUUCCUUCAAGAUGUCCCGUAGUCGCGUGGCUCUGCUAAUUGUCAUCUGCUGGGCUGUUCCUCUGCUCAUCUCAUUUGGACCCAUCCUCCUUGGACUACAUGAGCUUGGACUAGAUGUACCCUUGCCUGAGAACGUGUGCGUCCUCCUGGUAAACCGCGUCUAUGCCAUCAUAGCUUCGCUUGUGGCAUUUUAUCUUCCAAUGGCUACAAUGCUAUUUGCUUACUGGAAGAUUUACAAAGCUGCCAAACGACAAGCGAUGCAAAUCAGUGCUUUGGAAUCUCAGAUGGCGGCUGGUAUGGGCAAGAGUUCCAGCAAGAAACUGAAGCACCGCAACUACUUAAGGAGGGAAAAGAAGGCAGCAAAAACCCUUGGUAUCAUCAUGGGUGUCUUCAUCCUCUUCUGGUUGCCAUUCUUCACUGUGAACAUUGUGGAUCCUUUCAUUGAAUACCAAACAACAAGUGUGAUAUGGGACAUUUUCCUCUGGUUGGGUUACAUCAACUCCUCUUUGAAUCCUUUCCUCUAUGGUUUCUUCAACAGGUCCUUCCGUAGAGCUUUUCUAAUGAUCAUGGGCUGCAGGAUAUGUCUUCCUGGAUCAGCCCCAAGCAUGGACCUUUCUCAUUCUAAGAAGGAUACGAAUGAGCACACUGAGAAAUAAUGGGGACCUCCAAUUCUGUGCACGUGUUAUUUGUGUUAUUUGACACCAGUGGAAGCUUAAUGAUCCUGGGAUUUCAGAACAUCAUCACUGUGAGACAUCUCUAGAGAUCAAAUAUAUAAGGAUUUGUUUUGAUUGACCACUCUAGGUCACUUGCAUAAGUUGAAGUGGUCUCGAAGCUAAUGUGAGGCGCAUUGGGUGGCAAAGGCCUGAUGGCUUAGAUUGUUUUAAUUUUUGCUUUCCUUUUGAUCAAAGUCUUGUUUUGUGAAUUGCUGAAUGCAAAUCAAGACUUUAAUAGUAUAUGAACAAACAUUUUUAGACACCUGAGCACAAAAUAGGUAAGUGCUUUCUGAACACCCCAAUGUAUCCCAUUAGCCCCAUAAUAAACACACCACUCUUCUGGGAAGAAGUUCCACUAGAUUUUAGGAAGUGAAUUUUGAGAUUUGGGAUUAUUUAGCCAUAAGGGCAUUAGUAACGUAAAGUACUUUUGUAAGUUAAGGAAGCCUGGGGUGCCGUUCCAAUUCCUCCCAAAGGUGUUCAGAUUGGGUCAAUAGCAUAAACUAUAGUAUAGGGAAUAUUAAAUUUUACCACAUCCAAAGAAUUCAAGAAUUCACCAUACAACUGUGUGACUCCACGUUUCUGUUUGGGAAUCAGUGGCUGGUAAUGUCAGGUGUCCCAAUACUUUUGUCCAUAUAGUGUACCUUGUUAUCAAUUCCAGCAGCUUUACUCUUUACAACUGGAGUUGCUCAGAAAGUUAUCCAACAUAUAUAGUAUGUGCACGUACAUUGCAGGAUCUUCUUGAUAUGAAAUGUCAAAAGUACCUCAGUAGAAUGUAGACAAGCAUAAACAGUGCAGUAUAACAGCUAAUAGCAUACUGGCAUCAUGAAGGUGAAGGAGAACUGAAAUAUUUCUAAAUGUUUUUUUGUUUACUUUUCAACCAAUUAAUUGUAUUAUUGAAGUGUAUGCGGUUAGACGUAUUCGCACCGAACCAUUAGAGUACAGGGUUUUCAGUUCGAUCUGAGUUCCCUCAGGAAUGUAUCGUGUUGGACUGCGAGUUUCUUUAGACUCCACCACACACUUUGAACGUAGUGGGGGUUUUUGGAUUAUUAAACUUAAACAUAUACACAACAAUGCCAGGGGUAUAAAAACUCUAGGUUUGCGCAGUGUCUAUUUACUCCAUAGCGGAAAUAUGAAUUGUUGUAAGUCACUGCCACUUCCUGCCAUCACCAAGGUUUUUACGACAAUCUCAGCUUUAAUAAUUUCUCUUAAAAGGACAAAAUCCUGACACCGGCAUUUCGAGGUAUUGAAUGAAUGAAGGAUGGAAGGAAUGCACUUAAACACAUCUGUUUCAGCCAAAUGGGGUCUAACAAAUGUA